AUGACAAAGAAAUGUAGUCAUUUCCCAGUUUCAAUGCUGAAGGAAUCCUGUAAAUCACAAACAGCAACUUUGGGUUUGAAAACCCAAAACGCCUCUGAUUGGUUCAUCGUCCCCGCUACCCGGCGUACGAAGUUCUACAUGAAAAAAGGUCUGAGCCUCGUCUCGGAACUGAACCAGAUGUUAGAGGGUUGGAGAGAGAAGUUAGAGGAUAGAGGACUCAGGAUCAGCAGAAUGAAGACGGAAUGCAUGAAAUGCCACUUCGGAGAGGAGGAUGAGCAGGAGGUGGAUUUGGAAAUAGACCUAGAGGUACUCAGAGAGACUGAUAUCUUCACGUACCUAGGGUCUAAGGUGCAGCAUGAUGGAGGGAUGGAAGCAGUGAUUACAAAUAGGAUACAAAGUGGAUGGAGGAAUUGGAGGAAGUGUGCUGGAGUAAUGACGGAUAAGAGAAUGAGCAUGAGGCUAAAGAGAAGGAUCUGCAAUAGUGUAAUGAGACACGCACUCACCUACGGAGCAGAGACCUGGGAAACCGUCAAGAGAGAAGAGGAGCGCCUGAAUGUGAACGAAAUGAGAAUGCUGCGAUGGACUUGCGGGGUGACAAGAAGGGACAGAGCGUCUAACCGUCACAUUAGAGGAUCUCUGCACGUCACUGAGGUGGCCAAGAAAGAAGGACUUGAAGGUCAUCGCUAUAUUGGACUACAGUACAAGACAACUGUCUGCAAUAUUUGA